AUGACCGCGGCCGCAGCGGCGGCGGCGGAGUCAGCGGCGGCGCUACCAGUCGUUGACCUGCGGUCCUUCGACUCGGUCGAGGACCUGGCGGCCGACCUUAUGCGCGUCGGCAAGGACCCCGGUUUCUUCUACGUUGUUGGCCACGAGCUGCGCGACGACGUCGCAGCUGACAUGUUUGCUCUUGCCCAGACCUUCUUCAGCUCACCCCUUGAAGAGAAGUUGGCGUACGCGAAUGGCAGCGGCGAUCUGGCCCAUACUGGCGAAAGUUGUCGUAUGCGUCUCAUAAACUACCCCCCGGUAUCCGAGGUCUCACCAUCCACCACUACCUCCUCCUCCCUAGAAGAUGCCCCAGCUUCCAACUCGGAGGAUAUCCGAGCGGGCGCCCACUCCGAUUACGGCUCACUUACCCUGCUUUUCCGCCAACCCUCGGACCAGGGCGGGCUUCAGGUCCUGCGAGGAGGAGGAAACAACGCUGCGGCGUGGGCUGACGUCCCCUGCAUCCCUGACGCCAUCGUCGUCAACAUAGGCGACGCCCUCGAAUUUUGGACCGCAGGGAGGCUGCGGUCUACGGUGCACAGGGUCGCCUUCCCCAGGUCCCCCGACCGCCAUGUCGUGUUGGCGCCGAUCAAGGAGGAUCGAAGGGAUGGCGGCGGCGGCGGUGCAGAUGCCGAGUUUUUGGAGGUUUUGAGGAGAAAGGGGUACGAAAGUGCCGAACCUGUUACGAGUCGGGAACAUUUGGAGCGACGGAUACGGGCGACGUAUGGCAAGAUUUGA